UGAAACUCAAGGAGUCCGGAGCGGUUCCUCAUCACACUCUCGCCUGGCAUGGGGGUGAAGGAGCUGACCCGGCUGCUGGACACUAACCGGAGCAUCUACCGGGAGGCUGAGUUCCGGAGGCAGCGGCUGGUGGUCGACGGCUGCAACCUGCUCUUCUCGCUCUACCUGCGCUCAGAUCUGGACCAGAAUCACGGUGGGGAUUAUGCUGCCUUUGAGGAAGAGAUUGAGAAGUUUGUCACAGCCCUCAGACUCUGUGAGAUCGAGCCAUACGUGGUAAUGGACGGAGGCUCAGGCAACACCAACAACAAGAUGGAAACCAAGAAGCAAAGAGCUGAGGGCAAUAUCAGGAACUGCCACCAGGCAGCAGUGGAGGGCACGAGGUUGGGAGUCCUGCCACUGUGCAGCAAGAUGGUGUUCGUGCAGACGCUGGACCGCCUCAAGGUCCCGCUGGCCCAGUGCUACGGAGAAGCCGACCAGCAGAUCGCCGCCCUAGCCAGCGAGUGGCAGUGCCCAGUGCUUUCCAAUGACAGUGACUUCUUCAUUUUCGAUCUCCCGGCAGGACUGCUGCCCAUCAGUCAUUUCCAGUGGAAGGCCCUGGAGCAGAACGGCUCGAGCUGCUACAUCCCCUGUAAGAGCUACCACAGGUCCCGCCUCUGCACCUUCUUCCACAUCCAGCCACAGCUCCUACCCACCUUCGCCGCCUUGGCCGGGAACGACUACUUGAAGCUGGAGAGGAUGAAGUUGUCCAUCAGAUGGGAUCAGUUUGAUCCAACAUUGGGUGAGAAACCAAAUCGCCUCAGAGGGCUGCUCUCCUGGUUGAGCGGCUUCCUGACGCCUCAGGAGGCGCGGGAGGCAGCGCUGGGGCUGAUGGGAAACCUGAGCAGCCAGAGAAAGGCAGAGGUGCUGGAGAACCUGACUCUGGGGAUGGAGAUGUACCAGCUGCCUCCCAGCUCCCUGGAGACGUUCUUCAUCCAUGGGAUCACGCCACUGAUUCCAGCAGCGGGAGAAGAAGUGGGGGAUCGUGUCCCGGACUGGAUGUGCCAUCCUCUGAUGCAGGCCCGGCUGUCUGGAGACAUCCUGGACGUUCUGCAGCUGCAGAGAAAGGGCCUCCCCAUGCCUGUUGACUCCAAAGACAUGCCCAGCGCUGCCCUGACCUCCAGGCCGCUCCGCCAGCUGAUGUACGGGCUGCUGCUGGGCAGAGACACUUGUCUCCAGGUGGAGGAGUGGGACAGAGACGGCCUCCAGCUGAAAUUCAUCCUGGUCCAACCAGACGUCAGAUCAGUCACUCGGCGGCUCGAACUCCGCUCGCUGAACAAGGUGGAGCAAUCCGAGCGCCUGCAGGUGAUUCUUCAGGCCUUGAAGGUGACGGAGAGGUCUCUGAGCCGCCUGCCGCCUCAGCUGCGCCUCCCGGUGGCCGUCACCCGCUUCUGGCUGCAGAACGCUCAGCCUGCUCCAGACAAGGCGCUGCUGAAGUCGCUGCUGCUGUGGCUGAGUGACGGAGACGCCCUGAGACACGCAGCAGUGCUGCAGCCUGAAAAUCCACAUCAGGAGCCGAAGCUGGACUUGAACGUGGCUCACGCCUUCAACCAGUGGCAGAUGUGCCUGAAGGACAGCGUCCAGCUGAACCAUCUGCUGAGCUGCCCCCUCCCCGAGCAGCACAUCGCACGGUGGUAUGAGGGGACGCUGGUCCACCGGCUGGUCCACAGGAUGAGGACGAUUGGAGGCCUGAGGGACAUUCUGAAGGGAGAUCUGUCCAAUGUGAGACUGUACAAAUCCAUGCUGUCUGUCGUCCACCGCUCUCAGAAAGCGUUGAGGAAGACCCAGAAGACGGCUCUGUGGCGGCAGCCUCUGGACAACCUGCAGCAGCUGUCCGUCCAGUACGAAGACCAGGAGGCCGCCACUGAGAUGAAGAGCUUCAUCAGAGCGCAGGACGAUCUGUCUCUGGACGAUGUGAUGAUGGUGAAAACGCGAUACAAAACCAGAGAGAGAAACAACCGGUGCAAACAGUCGAGGGGCCGGGACCUCCUCUAACGCGAUCAGGGGCUUUUACUCGAUACAGUUGAACACAAAUUUCUGUACUUUCUACUUCUUAUAUUCUCAAUAUACUAGUUACUGAGCAGGAGGUUGGAGCAACGCACGCCUUCACGCUCUUCUCUGUACGAGCACUGUGCAGGCUGUUAACAAAAGAGGAACUAUCCUAUUUGUGUGCCUAGAACUUGUUUCCUUUUGCUGAGUUAUCAUAAGGGGCGUUGUGUAUCACUCCUGCUACUGAUUAGAAAGUGAAAGGUCCCAGUUUAAUUCUUUAGUGGUUACACUGGGGUCUAUUGGUGUUCUUAGGCACUGGUUUAUUCUGUUGUGUUGGUUCUUUGUUGUGCCCAGAAGUUCAGAUGCACUAGUCCAUUACUAUUUGAGACUCAUCUGGGGUUCCAAAUUUGUAAAAUUAUACAGUUUGUAUUUAGUAUGUAUAUUAUAGUAAGUAUAGUAGUAUAGUAUAGUAUGUAUAUUUUUGUUAUCAUUUUGAAAUAAAAGCCUGAAGAGAAAA